GCGCCCUCUUACAACAAUUAAUUUGUUUUUGGCAUGUAGUGCCUGAUGACUUACCAUCUCCAUGUGAACAAUUGUGAUCCAUCACUGACUUCGAGUUUUUUUACGCCAUCGCUAAACGGGUGCAUACAGCACUGCUUCGGCAAAUCUGCAAAUCGAUAUAUCACAUAAGCCACGAAAGCUAGAGGUGUGAUCUGGGCAUAAAUGUGCUCACAGGAGACGGACUGUCCAUUUUCAGCCCAUUCUGUUUUUCACUGCGUUUAUGACAUCAUGGAAAACAAACACGAGGUUGGAAGAGCCGUCCAUAUUUAUUUUGAAUUGACAUUCGUGAUUCGCGUGAUCAAAACUCUGCAAUUCAUUUGGAUCAUUUAUCCAAUUUAUCGCUGCAUCGAAAUCGAUAACUUGAGUUAAGACGUCAACGGUCGCAGACACGGAAGAAGCGUCUACAACAAAGAUUAGAACGGACCAGCUACAAGUUGCAACUCAAGUCCGAGUGGCCGGAAUCGAACCAGCGAUCAAUUGGUAUCCGAGAAUAAUGAGCAUUAUAUUUACGCUACGGUCAAUCGCUCUACUAUCGCCGUAGUAGACUUCAUAGCUCUCUCGAAGUCGUUGAUGUGCACUGAAAUAACUCAAACUCUUUUCUCUUUGUCACUUGAUGAUGAUAUCAUACGGAAUGUUGAGUAUGAGUUGUUCGUCAUCCUGAUUAAGUGCUUUUUCUUCAGUGUCAAGGCAACAACUGUAUAAAUCUUGCCGGUAUGGCCAAGGUCUCAUCGUUAUUGCACUCAAGCACAGAUCGCUAAUCUUUUAAGCAAAAGUCAAUCUCUACGUGGUUGAAGAGCUGUUCAUUUUUGCAUUAAUCUCGAAUGUGACUAAUUAUCCGAAAAAGUGGCAGAUUGAAUUUUAGGAUGUGUUAUGCUGUGAUAAAGUAAACUUGACCAUGCUUAAGAUCUAUCAUUUUCAAACAGCUCCAAGAAUGAAGUGCU